GCUGAACAUUGACGGAUUGUUGGUGUACUUCCCCUAUGAUUACAUCUACCCUGAGCAAUACUCCUACAUGCUGGAGCUGAAGAGAAUCCUCGAUGCCAAGGUAUACAAGAUUUGGGGUUCAACCAAACAGGAGCGUCAUGAUGUUCCGAUGAAAGAAACCUCGAUUUGAGCGAAUGCUGUGUAAAUACUGCCCUUGCACAACUAUCUGUCAGUAAGAAAUAACAGAUGGUAUACCACAUAAAAUUAUAAAGGUCAUGGUGUUUUGGAAAUGCCGUCGGGCACAGGGAAGACCAUAUCACUGCUUUCACUGAUUGUAGCUUAUCAGAUGAUGUAUCCUGCUGAAGUGACAAAGCUGAUCUAUUGUUCACGGACAGUUCCUGAGAUCGAAAAGGUUAUUGAGGAACUUCGCAAGUUGCUGGAGUAUUAUGAGAAACGAACUGGUGAAAAGAAACAGUUUCUGGCACUGGCACUCAGCUCCAGGAAGAACCUUUGUAUCCAUCCAGAGGCCAGUGCCCAGCGCUUUGGGAAGGAAGUGGACGGGAAGUGUCACAGUCUGACUGCAUCACAUGUCAGGGUGCAGCACUCCAGCAACCCCAGCGUGCCCAUCUGCCGCUUCUACGAGGAGUUUGAUGAUCACGGGAAACAAGAGCCCCUUUCCUCUGGCGUUUAUAAUCUAGAUGACCUGAAAGUUUAUGGGCGACAGAAGGGCUGGUGCCCCUAUUUCCUGGCUCGAUAUUCCAUCCUGCACGCAAACAUAAUUGUCUACAGCUACCACUACCUGCUGGAUCCCAAGAUCGCAGACAUGGUUUCCAAGGAGCUGUCACGGAAAUCGGUAGUGGUGUUCGAUGAAGCUCACAACAUUGAUAACGUGUGCAUCGAUUCAAUGAGUGUCAAUAUUUCCCGCCGCACUUUGGAUCAAUGUCAGAACAACAUUGAAACGCUGCAAAGGACCAUUCAGCACUUAAAGGAAACAGAUGCUGCCAAGCUGAAGGAAGAAUACCGGCAAUUGGUGGAGGGUCUGAAGGAAGCUCAUGUUGCCAGGGAAACGGAUGUCUAUUUAGCCAAUCCAGUAUUACCAGAUGAAAUACUACAAGAGGCUGUCCCGGGUAGUAUCCGCACUGCCGAGCAUUUUGUUGGGUUUAUGAAGCGGUUUUUGGAGUAUCUAAAGUCUCGCCUGAGGGUACACCACGUGGUGGCAGAGAAUCCUUCCUCAUUCUUGAAGGACGUCUUUGACAAAGUCUGCAUUGAAAGAAAACCCCUCAGGUUUUGUGCUGAGCGAUUACGGUCCCUGCUGCGGACAUUGGAAAUUGCAGACCUCACUGACUUUUCAGCCAUCACGCUUGUCUCUAACUUCGCUACGUUGGUCAGCACCUACACCAAAGGUUUUACCAUCAUUAUGGAACCCUUUGAUGAUAGAACUCCAACUGUUAUUAAUCCAAUCCUUCACUUCAGCUGCAUGGACCCAUCCAUCGCCAUAAAGCCAGUCUUUGAAAGGUUUCAGUCAGUGAUUAUCACCUCAGGGACCUUGUCCCCCCUGGACAUGUAUCCAAAAAUCCUCGAUUUCCGGCCGGUCAUUCUGGCAACGUUUACGAUGACCUUGGCAAGGACCUGCCUGUGCCCCAUGAUUGUAGGUCGAGGCAAUGAUCAGGUGACAAUAAGCUCAAAAUUUGAAACCAGGGAAGAGAUUGCUGUGAUCCGUAACUAUGGUAACCUCCUGCUGGAGAUGUCAGCUAUUGUCCCAGAUGGAAUUGUGGCAUUCUUCACCAGUUAUCAUUACAUGGAGAACAUUGUGGCUUCCUGGUAUGAGCAGGGCAUUCUAGAAAACAUUCAACGAAAUAAACUUAUUUUCAUCGAAACGCAGGACGCUGCUGAGACCAGCGUAGCUCUGGAGAAAUACCAGGAGGCAUGUGAGAAUGGGCGAGGGGCUAUUCUGCUGUCUGUCGCAAGAGGGAAAGUCUCCGAGGGAAUAGAUUUUGUCCAUCACUAUGGGAGAGCUGUCAUUAUGUUUGGUGUUCCCUACGUCUACACUCAGAGCAGGAUUCUGAAGGCUCGGUUGGAAUAUGCACGGGACCAGUUCCAAAUUCGCGAGAACGAUUUCCUGACCUUUGAUGCUAUGAGACAUGCAGCUCAGUGCGUGGGACGAGCCAUUCGAGGGAAAACUGAUUAUGGAUUAAUGAUUUUUGCAGACAAGCGUUACGCUCGGGCUGAUAAAAGGGGGAAGUUACCUCGCUGGAUCCAGGAACACAUCACUGACAGUAACCUGAAUCUGACGGUGGAUGAGUCUGUGCAGAUAGCCAAGCAUUUCCUGCGGCAGAUGGCACAGCCUUUCCGACAGGAGGAUCAGUUAGGAUUGUCACUGCUCUCAAUUGAACAACUGGAAUCUGAGGAGAUACUCAACAGGAUACAAGAGAUCGCCCAUCAAGUCUGAAGGCAGGAUGGACAGAUGGCUGACCCAGCUGUUGUGGAGGUUGCCCAGGCUUUUGGGGAUCUAAUCACCAGUUACUGGCGCUCAGCAUUUGGUAGUGGUGGAUGUAUCAUAUGGACACACCAUGGAGAACAGCGAUGAUUCUCCUGUGUGACAUUGAUUGGAAUAUUAUUGACACCAAAACUUGAUAAAGUGUAUUUUUUAGACAGCUGAUCAUUCUGGCUGAUUGUCAACAGUGCUUCUCCAGCAUAUAGUGUGUUUUGCUCUAGAUUUCCAGCACCUGCAGUAUCUCUUGUGAUUCUGUUCUGAGGCUGGAUCCACUGGUCUUAGACUCUCCCACCAUAUGAAACAUUCUCUCCACAUCCAUUCUAUCGAGGCCUUUCAACAUUCGAUAGGUUUCAAUGAGAUCACCCCUCACUCUUCUGAAUUCCAGUGAGUGCAGGCCCAGAGCAUUCAGACACUCCUCAUAUGAUGAGCUUUUCAAUCCCAGAAUUAUUUUUAUGAACUCCUCUGGACCCUCUGCAAUGUCAGCACAUAAGGGGCCCAAAACUGCUCACAAUACUCCAAGUGAGGCCUCACCAAUGCCUCAUAAAGCCUCAAUAUUACAUCCUUGCUUUUAUAUUCUAGUCGUCUUGAAAUUAAUGCUAAUAUUGUAUUUGCCUUCCUCAUCACCGACUCAACCUGCAAAUUAACCUUUAGGGAAUCCUGAACAAGGAUUCCCAAGUUCCUUUGCACCUCAGUGUGUGUGGUUUAUGUACAACGUGUGUCCCAAUGCGAG